AUGCAGUCGCACGACCACGACCACGCCCAGAGGACUAGGAGCAGCGGUUGCCGCGCCAAGAGCACCACACCAAGCGCUCAACCACAGCAGCACGACCAAGGACCAGCCGCGCCGCCGGGAGAGCCUCGGCCACUGCCGCCUAGCCCAUCGUCACCGACACCACCACGGUGCCAGGCAGCUCCGCAGCAAGGCCACCACGCCGCCCGCAGCAUCAGAUCUGGACUCGUAGGCCCGCCUAGGCCCAAGGCCCAAGCCGGACCCAGAUCUGCAGACCGCCGCCACAGGGGCACCAUCGCCGGGCUAACCACCUCCCCGACCUCCGUCGUCGCGUCGAGCCCGUCGCAGGGGGGCGUGGCACUACGCCGCAGCAGAACUGCUGGAGCUCGUCACUACCGCCGCAGGGAAGGAGGCGCCAUCCGGGGAAAAGCCCCGCCGCCGCCGUCCCCGCCCGGGCUUUGCCCGUCGGUGACCUCUGGCGGCGGCGGGGAGAGGGGAGAGAGCGGGGAAGAGCCUUGGAGGCGCCGGCGCAGCCGCCCCCACGUCACCUAG